ACGCACGGUACGCACACGCGAUCGAGAGUCAACAAGAUGGCGGAACGAACGAUGUCAGAUCACAGCAGGCACACAAGAAUCGUUCGUAUUUUGUCUGCCCUCUUCUACGGAUUGACAUCAUUUACACUUGUUAUGGUAAACAAGAGUGUUCUGACGAAUUACAAAUUCCCAUCUUUCCAGUUCCUUGGUGUCGGACAGAUGGUCACUACAAUUCUGGUGUUAUACGUGGGUAAAAAGCUGCGCAUUGUGAGCUUCCCGGACUGGAGCAGACAGAUUAUCACAAAGAUAUGGCCACUGCCGUUAGUCUACAUGGGCAAUCUGUGUUUUGGCCUCGGAAGCACGAAGAGAUUAAAUUUACCAAUGUUCACAGUGCUUAGGCGAUUCUCUAUUCUAUUUACAAUGAUAGGAGAAUACAUUGUUUUAGGACAUAAAGCCUCUCUGAAGGUACAGAUAGUGGUCUGCGUGAUGAUACUGGGUGCAUUUGUCGCAGCAAGUGGCGAUUUGGCGUUUGAUGCCUUAGGUUAUUUCUUCAUUCUGAUGAAUGACUUUUUCACAGCUGCCAACGGGGUAUUCAUCAAGAAAAAGCUAGAAUCCAAGGAUUUGGGAAAGUACGGACUUUUGUAUUACAAUGCCCUCUUCAUGAUAGUUCCUGCUCUCUUCGUGUGCUACUCCUCCGGCGAUAUUGAGAAAGUCUGGGCGUUUCCUUUAUGGAACGAUCCCACUUUUAUUGUACAGUUUGUAUUGUCUUCCAUAAUAGGGUUUAUAUUAAUUUAUUCAGUGGUGCUCUGCACAGCGCACAACUCGCCUCUGACAACGACGUUUGUGGGCUGUCUCAAGAAUAUAAUGAUAACCUACAUUGGUAUAUUUUUUGGAGGGGACUAUAUAUUCAGUGUGGUCAACUUCGUCGGCCUCAACAUGAGUGUUGCAGGGAGUGUAGUCUACUCCUAUUUCACCUUCACAGAAAACCAAAAGCCUGCGAUGACCUCAUCGCCAGAGUCAGCGGCUGAUAAAAAGACUAACGGCAAGGGUAUAAUAAACACUGUAUAGCGGCUGUUACAUGUAGCUGCACUUCGCAUGCUCACACCCUUCAUACACUUCAGUAUUUCAUUACUUUAUCUGGGCAGCUGAAGAUUUUGUCAGUGGUUCAUUCAUGAAAUAGCUGUAGAUGAUAGUAUUCCACUCCAUGACACUGCCACAAUAUCUCUAUUUCUUUGACAUAAUGAGAUGACCCCUGGGAUUCUUGUGUCUUCCAAACAUGAAACAGUUGUUGACACCAUAUUAAGCAUACAUGUAGCAACAGAUACAUGUAAGAUUUCAAUUUGUUCCAGUCAUGAAACAGUAGUUGACAAUUUGUUCAACAUAAGGUAGCUUGGGUAGUGUAUUGUGCUCAACAAUCCACAGUGUUUACUGACAAACAUUUGCAGGCUAUUGGAUAGCCAAAUGUUGCAAUGACACAUUUUUUUAAACGAGUGUUACCCUUUUUUUUCCGACCAAGAAUUCAAUUUGUUUGCAUGUUUUAAGGCCAGUUCAGCGUAAUCAGUUUAUCCUGUCUGUGUUUCCACCACACUACCUCAGAUGUGUAUACCACUAGUGCCACUAUUUCCUUGAGUUCUAGUCAAGUCUUCCCAAGUCCAUCACAAGUCUUCAAACUAUUCAAAUGAACUGGGACAAAGGCAUUCCCUUGUAACUUGUGUGACUUUCCAUUUGUUUUAUUGAACCUGUAUAGACUUAAAGUUGGUGUAUAGGCCCUAUACAGUAAACUCCGGCUAAGUCGGCACUCUCGGGACCCGAGAAUUUGUGACGACUUACACGAAUGCCGACUUUUGCUGUAAGUCGUCACUUUGCCGACUUAUACGUAAAUUGAAUCAUGGAGUAAACAAAUAGAUGGAAUUGCCUACAUGAUCGCGCGGGAUU